CGAUGUACUGCAGUACUCCAGACUCCCCCAGCAGGGUUUUGUAGUGAGCCAGACAGGAGGGCAUCUCAACAGUGUGGUGCGUUGGGGCUGUGACCGGGGCUACCGGCUUAUUGGAAAGGCCACAGCUGUCUGUAAGAAGACGGCCUUUGGGUAUUAUACCUGGGACUCAACGGUACCUGCAUGUCAAGCCGUGGCGUGUGGCGUGCCCACAGCGCCGCUGAAUGGAGGCGUCCAGGCUGUUGAUUACUCCGUGGCAGCACGGUUAACCUACUUCUGCAACAACGGCUUCAGGCUCUCCUCCAAGGAUCUCACCACUACCGUCUGCCAGCCUGACGGCACAUGGAGCAACCACAACAAGAUACCUCGCUGCCCAGUGGUUGUCUGCCCCAGUCUGGGCUCCUUCUCUCUGGACCACGGGAAGUGGUCGAUCGUCAACGGGUCCAGCUAUGAGUUCAGAACCAAGGUGGUCUUCAGCUGUAACCCGGGUUACUACCGGCUCGGUCCCGCUCACAUCCAGUGCCUGGCCAAUGGGGCGUGGAGCUGGCGGAACGAACGACCUCGAUGCAGAAUCAUUUCCUGUGGAGAGCUCCCUACUCCUCCUAAUGGGAGAAAGAUUGGAACUCAGACUACCUUUGGAGCCUCCGCCAUCUUCAGCUGCAACCCUGGAUACAUCCUGGUGGGCUCCACCGUGAGGGAGUGCAUGCUGUCAGGACUGUGGAGCAGCACAGAGACUCAAUGCCUGGCUGGUCACUGCGGUAUCCCGGAGCAGAUUGUGAACGGUCAGGCGAUAGGGGAGAACUUCGGAUACAGAGACACCGUGGUCUACCAGUGUAACCCUGGCUUCAGACUCAUAGGAUCCUCGGUCCGUAUCUGCCAGCAGGAUCACCUCUGGUCUGGACAGCUGCCGCUGUGUGUCUCAAUCACAUGUGGCCAUCCAGGCAGUCCCAUCUAUGGGAGAACUACAGGGGACGGAUUCAACUACAACGAUGUGGUCAGCUUCUUCUGUAACCAAGGUUACGUACUGGAGGGAGUGUCCAGAGCCCAGUGCCAGGCGAGUCGCCAGUGGAGUCAACAGCCACCUUCGUGUAGAGUGGUGAACUGCACAGACCCUGGCAUCCCGGCUAACUCCAUCAGGGAGAGUAAGAUAGAGCACGGUAACUUCACCCUGGGCAGUGUGGUGUUCUACACCUGUAACCCUGGAUACUACCUGUUCGGUUCCUCUGCACUGACCUGUCAACCUAUUGGCCACUGGGACAAACCUCUACCUGAAUGUCUUGAGGAGGACUGUGGGAACCCUGGCUCUCCUCCCUACGGUACCAUGGUUGGGGACAAGUUCUCGUUUGGCUCCACGGUGCAGUACUCCUGUUCAGGGGACCGAGAGCUGAUUGGAGAGUCAUCACUCACCUGUCAAAUCAAUGGACACUGGAGUGGACCCAUACCUCACUGUUCAGGUAAGGACCAUUACCUCACUGUUCAGGGAAGGACCCAUACCUCACUGUUCAGGUAA